AUGGCUAAAUUAUCUUCUCCUAUUUCUCCUCCUAUGGAGUCUACUGGCGACAAGAUGAUAACCUUGGAGACACACGACGGCGUUGCCUUACAAGGGUACUCUUUCGGGGCCCCUGUUUCGGCUGCUGGUGAGGUGGUUUUCCAAACCGGUAUGGUUGGUUAUCCCGAAUCGAUCACUGAUCCAUCCUAUGAAGGCCAGAUCUUGGUGAUCACCUAUCCUUUGGUUGGUAACUACGGUGUGCCAGACCGUGAAUUGAAGGACGAAGAUGUUCCAGACUUGCCCAAGUACUUUGAAUCUUCUAGAAUCCACAUUGCUGGGUUGGUGGUUGCUCACUACACGGAAGAGUACAGCCAUUUUUUGGCCAAAUCAUCUUUGGGCCAAUGGUUGAAGGAACAGAACAUCCCUGCUAUCUAUGGAGUUGACACCAGAGCCUUGACUAAGCGUUUGAGAGAAGGUGGGUCGACUUUGGGAAGAUUGUGUGUGCAAAAAGCCGACUUGAAGAGUCAGGCUAUUAUUGGACGUGAAGAUUGGACUCAAUACUUUGAUGUUCCAUCGUGGGACGACCCCAACGUCAAGAACUUGGUUGCCAAGGUCUCCACCAAGGAACCCAAGCUUUACACUCCUUUAAAGGAUGUCAAAUUGGGUAAAAAUGGUAAACCCAUUAGAAUUUUGGCGAUUGACGUGGGUUUGAAGUUCAACCAAAUCAGAUGUUUUGUUAGAAGAGGAGUUGAAUUGAAGGUGGUGCCAUGGGACCAUGACAUCACGACCGAGGAUUAUGACGGGUUGUUUAUCUCCAACGGUCCUGGCGAUCCUCAGGUCAUGGAUAAGACCGUUAAACAAAUUCAAACCGUUUUAGAAUCCGCUAAAACCCCCGUUUUCGGUAUUUGUUUGGGUCACCAGUUGAUGGCCAGAGCCUCCGGUGCUUCAACAUUGAAGUUGAAGUUCGGUAACAGAGGCCACAACAUCCCAUGUACUUCUACCAUCAGUGGAAGAUGUUACAUCACCUCGCAAAACCACGGUUUCGCAGUUGACACCACCACCUUGUCCAAUGGGUGGAAGGAAUUGUUUGUCAACGCUAACGAUGGUUCCAACGAAGGUAUUUACCACGAAUCUAUGCCAUUUUUCUCAGUACAAUUCCACCCAGAAUCCACUCCAGGUCCAAGAGAUACCGAGUUUUUGUUUGACGUUUUUAUCCAAACUGUUAUCGAACACAACCAAUCGGGAGUUUUGAAAGCGGUUGAAUUUCCAGGUGGAAAAUUUGCAGAAAACUUGGCUGCCCACCCAAAGCAAGACGUCAAGAAGGUGUUGGUUUUGGGUUCGGGAGGUUUGUCUAUUGGUCAAGCCGGUGAGUUUGAUUACUCUGGUUCUCAAGCCAUCAAGGCGUUGAAAGAAGAAGGUAUCUACACGGUUUUGAUCAACCCUAACAUCGCCACCAUUCAAACGUCGAAGGGUUUGGCUGAUAAGGUCUACUUUUUGCCAGUCACUCCAGACUUUGUGAGAAAAGUCAUUGAGUUUGAAAAACCAGAUGGUAUCUAUUGUACUUUCGGUGGACAAACUGCUUUGAACGUGGGUAUUAAGUUGAAGGACGAAUUCGAAGGUUUGGGUGUCAGGGUGUUGGGUACUCCUAUUGACACUGUCAUCACCACCGAAGACAGAGAAUUGUUUGCUCAAGCUAUGAGUGAAAUCAACGAGAAGUGUGCCAAGUCCGAAGCUUGUUCUAAUGUGGCCGACUGUGUGAACGCUGCCAAUGAAAUUGGUUAUCCAUUGAUUAUCAGAGCUGCUUACGCAUUGGGAGGUUUAGGUUCGGGUUUUGCUGAUAACGAAGAAGAAUUGGUGGCCUUAUGUGAAAAGGCUUUUGCUACCUCUCCUCAAGUGUUGGUGGAAAGAUCCAUGAAAGGUUGGAAAGAAGUGGAAUACGAAGUGGUCAGAGAUGCCUUUGAUAACUGUAUCACCGUUUGUAACAUGGAAAACUUUGAUCCUUUGGGUAUUCACACCGGUGAUUCCAUUGUGGUGGCCCCAUCCCAAACACUUUCUGACGAGGAUUACAACAUGUUGAGAACCACCGCCGUCAAUGUUAUUAGACACUUGGGAGUGGUUGGUGAGUGUAACAUCCAGUAUGCUUUGAACCCAUUCUCCAAGGAAUAUUGUAUUAUUGAAGUCAAUGCCAGAUUAUCUAGAUCUUCAGCUUUAGCUUCCAAGGCCACUGGUUACCCAUUGGCUUAUACUGCCGCCAAGUUGGGUUUGAACAUACCUUUGAACCAGAUCAAGAAUUCCGUCACCAAGUCCACCUGUGCUUGUUUCGAACCUUCCUUGGAUUACGUGGUGGUCAAGAUCCCCAGAUGGGAUUUGAAGAAAUUCACCAGAGUUUCUUCAUUGUUGUCUUCGUCCAUGAAAUCGGUUGGUGAGGUUAUGUCUAUUGGUAGAACCUUUGAAGAAGCCAUUCAAAAGGCCAUCAGAUCCACCGAUUACCACAAUUUGGGAUUCAAUCAAACCGCUGCUUUAAUGUCAAUUGACAUUGAUGCCGAAUUGCAAACCCCAUCUGACCAAAGAUUAUUUGCCAUUGCCAACGCUUUCUCUGACGGAUACUCUGUUGAUAAGGUGUGGAAGUUGACCAACAUUGACAAAUGGUUUUUGAACAAAUUGCACGGCUUGAUUUCUUUCGGAAACCAUAUUUCUUCCUUCGUUUCCAAAGAAAACUUGCCUGUCAAUGUGUUGAGAGAAGCCAAACAGUUGGGAUUCGAAGAUAGACAGAUUGCCAAAUUUUUGAACUCCAACGAAGUGGCCAUCAGAAGAUUGAGAAAGGAAUACAACAUCAUUCCGUUUGUCAAGCAAAUUGAUACUGUUGCUGCUGAAUUCCCUGCUUUCACAAACUACUUGUACAUAACCUACAACGCUGACACUUCAGAUGUGAAGUUUGACGAGCACGGUGUAAUUGUGUUGGGAUCCGGUGUUUACAGAAUCGGUUCUUCUGUUGAGUUCGAUUGGUGUGCUGUUAGAGCCAUCAGAACCUUGAGAGAAAACGAUACCAAGACCAUCAUGAUUAACUACAACCCUGAAACUGUGUCUACCGAUUACGAUGAAGCCGACAGAUUGUACUUUGAAACCAUUAACUUGGAAAGAGUCUUGGAUAUCUAUGAGCUCGAACAAAGUUCGGGUGUGAUCAUUUCUAUGGGUGGUCAGACUUCCAACAACAUUGCCUUGCCAUUGUACAGACAGAAUGUCAAGAUCUUGGGUACUUCUCCCGAAAUGAUCGAUUCUGCUGAAAACAGAUACAAGUUCUCCAGAAUGUUGGACAAGAUCGGAGUUGAUCAACCUGCUUGGAAGGAGUUGACUUCUAUUGACGAAGCUGAAUCAUUUGCUGAUGCGGUUUCUUACCCAGUUUUGGUUAGACCUUCUUAUGUGUUGUCUGGUGCUGCCAUGAACACGGUCUACUCCAAGGCCGACUUGGCAUCUUACUUGUCCCAAGCCGUUGAUGUUUCACCCGACUACCCGGUGGUGAUCACCAAGUACAUUGAAAACGCUAAGGAAAUCGAAAUGGACGCAGUUGCCAGAAACGGUAAGAUGAUUAUGCAUGUUGUUUCUGAACAUGUUGAAAACGCCGGUGUUCAUUCUGGUGAUGCUACUUUGAUUGUUCCUCCUCAGGACUUGGAUCCAGAGACCGUCAGAAGAAUUGUCGAGGCUACUGCCAAAAUCGGUAAGGCUUUGGACAUUACUGGUCCUUAUAAUAUCCAAUUCAUUGCUAAAGAUAACGAUAUCAAGGUCAUUGAAUGUAAUGUUAGAGCUUCAAGAUCCUUUCCCUUUAUCUCCAAGGUUGUUGGUACGGACUUGAUUGAAAUGGCCACCAAGGCCAUCAUGGACUUCCCACUCACCCCAUACCCCGGUGAAAAGUUGCCUGAAGACUACUGUGCCGUGAAAGUUCCACAAUUUUCCUUCUCCAGAUUAGCAGGUGCUGACCCCGUUUUGGGAGUGGAAAUGGCUUCUACAGGUGAAGUUGCUACUUUCGGUAGAAACAAGUAUGAAGCUUACUUGAAAUCGUUGAUUUCUACAGGCUUCGUAUUGCCAAAGAAGAAUAUUUUAUUUUCGAUUGGUUCUUAUAAGGAAAAACAAGAAUUAUUGCCUUCUAUCAAAAAGCUUCAUGAAUUGGGAUACAAGAUCUUUGCUACUGCAGGUACUGCCGAUUUCCUCAGGGACCACGAAAUCCCCGUUCAUUACUUGGAAGUGUUGGGUAAAGAUGAAGACCAGAAGUCCGAAUAUUCUUUGACUCAGCACUUGGCCAACAACUUGAUCGAUUUGUACGUGAACUUGCCAUCUGCCAACCGAUUCAGAAGACCUGCUUCUUACAUGUCCAAGGGUUACGAAUCCCGUCGUAUGGCGGUGGACUAUUCUGUUCCUUUGGUCACCAACGUCAAGUGUGCUAAACUUUUGGUGGAAGCAAUCGCCAGAAACAUUCCUUUGGAAGUGUCGAACCUUGACGCUCAAACCUCGCAUACGGUUGCUGAAUUGCCCGGUUUGGUUAAUAUUUCAUCAUUCGUUCCUUCGUUUGACGAUUUUGCUUCCAUCACCAAGGCUUCUUUGGCUUCUGGUUUCACAUUCAAUGCUUUCUUGCCUCAAACCUUGGAAGGAACUAGUAUUGUGGAUGUUGACUCUUUGGAAGAGGCCAUUGACGUUGCUUCUCACGAUGCAUACACUGACUUUGCCAUCUAUUUGGCAGGUUCAGAGCAAAACUCACAAGAAGCUUCUGACGCUGCUAGAAAUGCUGGGGCGUUGUUCUUACCUUUCAACGCGUAUGCCAACUCCAAGGUUUCGGCCAUUUCUGCCCACUUUGCCUUGUGGCCAGAAAACAAGCCUAUAAUAACAGACGCAAGAACCACCGACUUGGCCUCGGUGUUGUUGUUGGCAUCCUUACACAGCAGAUCCAUUCACAUCACCGGUGUGUCUUCCAAGGAAGACUUGGACUUAAUCACCAUGGCCAAGGACAAACAGUUGAGUGUCACCUGUGAUGUUUCUGUGUUUUCAUUGUUUUUGUCACAAGAAGACUAUCCAGAGUUGUCGUUUUUACCAACAGCUGCCGAUCAAAGAGCCUUGUGGGAAAACUUGGCAGGUAUCGACUGUUUCUCCAUCGGAGUGCUUCCAUCUAUGGUUGCUAAAGCUUUAGGACUCGAAGCCACUCCUGGGGUGGGAGUGCAAGAUGCUUUACCAUUGUUGUUGACAGCCGUAAAGGAUGGUAGAUUGUCAGUUCAAUCGAUUAUUGAUCACUUCCAUGAUGCACCAGUUCGGAUCUUCAACUUGCCAAAGCAAGACGCUAAAAUCGAAGUCACUUUGGACAGAAGAACCACUGUUUCUUCGAUUUUCAAGAACAAGAAGGCAUUUGGCUCCAUUAACCGUGUGAGCGUUCACGACGAAACCGUGUGCUUGGAUGGCAAGCUCGUGGUCAGUGAAGCUACCGGAAAGAAUGAAGUUGACACCUCCAGAGCCAGAUUUGGAUCGGUGGUGACUGCUCCACAAUCCCCAAUUUUGUCCAGGAAGAACAGAAAGUCCUUCAGCUUCGACAACAGAAGACCAUCAUUGGGUAAGGAUACUCCGGAGCCUGCUGAAUUCGAAAAGUUGGGUAAGGAAUUGGUAUCUCAACCUCCUGUGGGGGCUGGUGAAACCAAUGCUUUGAUCAACUACAUCAGAAACAACAACAGUUUCUUGAGAAACUCGGUUCUUUCUGUGAAGGACUUGACCAGAUCCGACAUGCACGCUUUGUUCUCGGUGGCCCAAGAAAUGAGAUUGGCGGUGGAAAGACAAGGAGUUUUGGAUUUGUUGAAGGGAAGAGUUUUGGCCACGAUGUUCUACGAGCCAUCAACUAGAACCGCUUCUUCAUUCGAUGCUGCCAUGCAAAGAUUGGGAGGAAGAGUGGUGGCGGUGGCUGCUGAUGCUUCUUCUGUCAAGAAGGGUGAGACUUUACAAGACACCAUUCGUACGUUGGCGUGUUAUGCUGAUGCGGUGGUGUUGAGACAUCCUAAAGAAGAAAGUGCCGAUAUUGCUGCCAAGUACUCACCGGUGCCAAUCAUCAACGGUGGAAAUGGUUCCAAAGAACACCCAACUCAAGCAUUGUUGGACUUGUUCACGAUCAGAGAAGAGUUGGGUACUGUUAAUGGGAUCACUGUCACCUUCAUGGGAGACUUGAAGUACGGGAGACCAGUGCACUCGUUAUGCCACUUGUUGCGUCAUUAUCAUGUCAGAGUGCAGUUGGUGGCUCCAAAAGAAUUGGAAAUGCCAGCCAGCCUCAGACAAAUGUUGGUGGACAACAACAUGUUGGUUAUCGAGAGCGAAGUAUUGACACCCGAAAUCAUUGCCAAAUCUGAUGUCUUGUACUGUACUAGAGUGCAGGCAGAAAGAUUCCAAGACGUCAACCAAUACAAUAGAUUAAAGGAUGUGUACAUUGUCGACAACAAGAUUUUGUCUCAUGCCAAACAACACAUGUGUGUGAUGCACCCAUUGCCCAGAACCAACGAGAUUCGUGAAGAAGUGGAUUUUGAUCAAAGAGCUGCUUACUUUAGACAAAUGAGAUAUGGUUUGUUUGUCAGAAUGGCUUUGUUGGCCAUGGUUAUUGGAGUUGACUUUUAG